ACCACAUUGGCUAUAUACCUUACGCUGGGAAACCAAAUAAAUAUAAGAAGAGAAUCGAGUGAGAACAGACGAAUCCUCACGACAUCUCACUGCAGCCCCAAUCCUCGGCGUGACAUUGAACAAUAUGCCUUCGCGUGUCUCCCGAGCCGCUCCUACGCCGCCAGUAGUCGCACGGUAUACAGAAGAAUCCGUGGAAUUCCAAGAAGCUUACGAGAUGGCUCGUGUAGAUCUGGAGCGCGUAGACUCAGUGCCUCUUCUCACUGGGCCAUCGGACUAUCAUGAUUGGUUGCGAGACUUUCAAAUAGUCUGCCGACAGAUUUGCGUCAUUGAUUUCUUUGAAGGACAGGAAGAUCUCCCGUUACCUCCAGAAGCUGGCGAGGAUGCCCCUGUGGAGGAAUACAAUGAAUAUAUGCUGCAGCUCGCCGAUUGGACUGGGAUGAACGACUCCAUUCUCGAGUGCAUUCGGAUAACCUGCAACCCUUUGAUGAGAUCCAAGAUUCCCACGGACGUUUCUACCGUCUCUGCGGCCCGCGCCAUUCUGCGCGAAGAAUGCAAACCGACUUUCGACCUGGUCAUGUCUCUGUGGCGAAGACUGCACGAAUAUACCCUCGAUCAGGCUCCGGAUUUCCUGUCGUUUCGUUACGAAUUCGAGAACCGCUUUGAAGCCUUCAAUCGUCUUGAAGGAGGGAUCGUUUUGGACGAUAACCACAAAAGCCUGUUUUUCCUGUGUGCGUUGGGUCCGGAGUUUAGUUCCUGGAUCAGUAUCACGAGCCAAAUGUACCGCAUUGCUGGGUACAGUUACGGCUCUAAAAAGGACUUGACGUUCCACGACCUAUCAAGCUAUGCGGAGAACUACUGGCAUUCGAUCCAACGCAGUAAAGACACUGACCUUAAUGUGAAAGCGCAUCGAUCAUCAUCGUCCGUCGCCUCCCGUAAGAGAACUUUUGAUCAUCGAAACGGUGACGGCCGUCCGCCCUUUGGCGUUCUUCUGGGUCCGCCGGACAGACCCUGCCAGUGGCCAGGGCACAAUGGUACGGGUGAAAGGGGUCAUACGAAUGGAAUGUGUAUGAAGCAGAAUAACGACCUGUGUCGGGAAUUCAAGAAGCGCUUCGCAAAUGGCUAUACUGCUGCUCCCUACGAGGGCAGUCCCGGAUUUAGAGGGACGAGCUCCUUUUGAAAGUGCAUUAUUACGGUUUGAGUGAAGUGGUCUGUCCUAGUGGAGGCAGGCAAGUAGUCAGAGCCUGGCGUGGCACGUAGGAAGAGGGCGAGGAUGUAUCAAGCACGCACAGCUGCGAGCCUGGUAUAAGACGUUGGACUUUUUGUACUGUCGCGAGCGGGUAUAGGCGACAGGGGACUGUGGUCCGAGUAGCACGCACGACUCGUUGUAUCAUAUUUGGUUUCUCCCGCUGAGGAUGGAUAGCUCAGGAAUGCCACGAUCUGCAUGCGCUGUGU